ACGGAGGAGCUGUAAUUUGACGCACACGGGAGAGGAGGUACAGCUCAAGGAUACUGGAUGCGUGAUAUUUGCUAUGGCAUCCAGCAUCAACAUAAAGAAUGGAUUCUUUACCACCAAAAAGUCGCUCCAUGUAAAUAUUCCCAAUCCCCGUUGUCUACAGAGGCAAACAGAGAUCAAAUGCACAAGAGCUGUAACAAACUCGACACGACAGCACAAUGAACAGUACUGCAUUGACAUAGUAAGGAAGAAAGACUAUGAGGGAUUUUUGUGUUCACUGCUUCUUCCUGAAGCUGCUCGUCGCUCUGCACUGGCACUGAGGGCAUUCAAUGUAGAACUGGCACAGAUCAAAGACUCAGUUUCUCACAAAACCAUUGGUUUAAUGCGAAUGCAGUUCUGGAAGAGUGCCGUGGAGGAUAUUUACAGAGAUGACCCUCCAGCACAGCCUGUCAGUGCAGAACUGUGGAGGGCGGUAAGGAAACACACAUUGACAAGGAGGUGGAUGUUGAGAAUUGUAUCUGAAAGAGAAAAAGACAUGGAGGACAGAGCAUACCGGAACCUUCAGGAUCUGGAGGCCUAUGGAGAAAACACACAGUCCUCUCUGCUUUACCUGCUCCUGGAAACACUCGGUGUGAAAAACGUUCAUGCAGAUCACGCCGCGAGCCACAUUGGCAAAGCCCAGGGCAUCUUGACCUGUCUGCGGGCGACCCCAUUUAACAGCAGCAGACGGAAGGUCUACCUGCCCAUGGACAUCUGCAUGCUGCACGGAGCGUCUCAAGAGGACUUUAUCCGUGGCAGCAGGGACCAGAACGCCAGGGAUGUGGUUUAUGACAUUGCCAGCCAAGCCCAUGUCCAUCUCCAACACGCUAGAUCCUUCACCGAGAGCGUUCCACAUUCAGCCAUGCCUGCUUUCCUACAAACGGUUGUUUUGGAGGACUACCUGCAGAGAGUGAGGAAAGUCGAUUUCGACGUGUUUCACCCCAGCCUACAGAAGAGGAAUCCAACGCUGCCCCUUCAGCUGUAUUUACGGUCAUGGAGGAAGAUCUAUUGAUCAUCUGCUUUUUAAGAUGAGCUCCUUGUCAAACGAAACAAGCACUUGCAAUAAAUCAUCAAGCUACUGUUGACAGUUA